AAACAAUAUAUAACAAAGGGUUUACUUUUUUUGUUCACUGUCAUAUGACGUUAUCUUUGAUACAAGGUAUCGGAAUUAUCAUUUAGACAAUAUACCAAAAACAUACAGUUGUGGUUUUAGUUAAUUGUAUUUCUCUUAUAAUAAAACAUCAACACGACAAUGACAAUAUUAAAAUCAUGCAUCUGGAUGUUAAUUCUGGGGUACCAUCCUUCAGAAGGAUUUCAAUCAGAUUCAACGACCGGGAGUGCAUAUUAUACCAAACACCAUGCAGACAUAACAGGUUUUGCUAUUAGGAUUGCUGUUGGUAGAUUUUUAACGGAUAACAACUUGAUAGUACUAGAUGAUGAAACCGAUGUAACCAGCAUAGUCAGUCAUUUCUUUGGGGAUGAUUCAGAUGGAUAUGAGAAAUUUGUUGAAAAGCAAAACGAAAUAGUAGAAAAUGUAAAAAACCAGGAAAGGUCGAAGGAAGCUCAUAUUCACUGCAAUUCAGAACAAAUUGAAUUGGCUCACAACCAUGUAAUCAAAAUUAGAGGACAAAUUAAGAAAAUUGCACAAAGUGCGGAACCAAAUUUCUCAUUGAUUCGACAAUUGAUUGGGAAGUGCCUUUUCACAAUACAAGCUUUUUAUAGCGGAUCUAACUGGGUUGAAAUGAACGGUGAUGAGGUUUACACAGACUUUGGAGUACCAAAUAAAACGUUAAUGGAUAUUGCUGGUGUAACAUUGGACACUUGCCAAGAUUGUGACAAUUCUGGCAAAAACGAGAGUUCCUGCAAAAACAAUUUAUUGGUAAAUGAUAUGUUGACUAGUGGUUAUCAGACAGGUCAGGAUGUGCAACCUCCAUACAAAACUAGUGGCGAUAUCGAUCAAGGAAAGUGUGGAUUCGGAGGACGAAAUGACCCAGAAAAUGGUUAUCGAACUGCAAUAGGAGGAAUCAACAAAGACAGUUUAGACCCAAAGUAUUCACCUCAUCAUCAUCUUCACUAUCAAGCAUUUUAUGCUGCACGAAAUGCCACAGUUCAAUUUCUAAUAGAUACACAAAGUGGUAUCAUUAACGAGGUGAAUAUAGACACAUUUAUACAGAUUUUUGGCUUGUUGAAAAGAUACAAGGCGUCAUUUGGCUUCGUAAUAGACGACACCAGUUCUAUGGGAGCCAUUAUUGCUCAAGUUCAAAAGGCAUGCAUAGAUAUUAUGACGAAUGUCUUGGGUACAGUAAAUGCGCCAUCCAAUUACAUCUUAGUAACUUUUAACGACCCAGUGAAGCAUGUGCAUAGACUUACGACUGAACAUGGACUUGACAUGAUAAGUGCACUUGAAAAUGUAAUACUUGAAGGAGGAGGUGACUGUCCAGAGUAUGCGAUGAGCGGAUUGCAAAAAGCUAUUGAAUUGUGCAGAGAGAAAUCAACGAUAUUCUUCUUUACUGAUGCUCCAGCAAAAGACGAAGCAGAUGCCCAAACUGUAAUAGAUGCUGCUAACGAAAAAAAUAUUGAUCUGCGACUUUUUCUAAAGGAUUCUUUGUGUGCUCGUCGGAAAAAGAGAGAAACUGGUGAUCGAAUAAAGCGUGAUGCUGAACAAGAUGCGUAUUCCUUAGUUGCAGCAGGUACAGGAGGAACCAUUUACCGGUUUAGUACAGUGGAACUAGGUGAUAUCAUACGACAGAUCAGUAAGGAACUCUUUCCAUCGGCAACUGUGACAGUGGAUAUUUUUGAGGUCGAAGAACAUGACGAUAAUUCAAUGGUGUUUCCAGUCGACAAUAUGUUGAACAAUGUUAGAAUCACAGUGAUUGGUGCUAAUUCUUCAAAUGAUGUUGACGUUGCAUCCGAAUUUGGAUCUGUAAUCACAGCUGAAAAUACCAGUGUGCUUUUUGAAAGCCCAGCUAAAGUUAUUGUUACUAUCUUGAAUCCAAAGCCUGGCACAUAUAGUUUAAUGAGAACAGGAAACAACCACUGGACGGUCAAUAUUACAGCCCAGACUUCUGUAGAUUUUCACUAUGUUAUUACAGAAGAAGCAAAUGAUGGCCAAUUAUAUAAAGUUUCAGGAAAUCCCGUAGUAGGCGGAAACUAUACAUUAUAUUUUACUGUGUUCAACCUACCUGCUGGUAUGAAAACGUCAUCCGUGCGUUUGAAAACAAGAAAUUCAACAACGAAUUAUCUCAAUUUAACACUGAUUUCUGGAGAAUUUGACUCGAAAUACUUUGUUUCGACAACUCUAAUAGCAGAUCAUUACGAUGUAAGUAUUUAUGGAAUAGAUGACAGUGGAACUACCUGGAUGAGGACAUCACCUAAUUCUAUUUCUCCGGUGACUAUUAAACUAAAGUUAACUUCCAUGCCAGAUCUUUAUAUGAACGCUGUUGGUAAUGUAUCCUACAUCUUAGAAAACAAGGGUUCAGAGAAUGAAACAUUUGUUAUUGAUGUAACAGAUGAUAGAGGAUUGCUGACUGGUAAUACACGUUUUACUCGAUUAAUUAAUAGCAACGGAUUUGCAGAAAUAACAUUUCAGAUACAGGGAUCUAGCCUAAAUAAUACAGUGACGUACACUUUGACAAUUCGCGAACACGGAUCAGCUAGUAUCGUUUUGCGGGAAAGUCAAAUACUAUAUAUUAGUCCAGAUAUUGCACCAUCCUGUACUGUUGAACAAUUAGUUAGAACGUGUGAUGACUUGGAUAUCACGUCGUGUUCAGGAGUUACAUGGAAUGAACAGGCUACGAUAACAUUUGCAACUGAACUGUCAUCUUUUUCUGGAUCAAAGGGAUGGAGUUUCGAAACAAGCAGCGUACAUUCAUCCCCGAUAAAAAUCAAUGCCAGUGGUGAUUGUUGCUCACCAUCAGUAUACCUUACAGUGACUGACAAAAAAAGUAACUUUGCCAGAUGUCAUUUUUAUCUUGGUGAUGUAAACACAUCAACACCAUUGCUGACAACAUCGAGACCAAAAGGUAAUUAUUUUUUUAAUAUUUAAUGAAUAUUUUACAAUGAAUUAAUGAUGCAAUGCAAUUUUUACUAUUACAACUUAUGUUGUCCCUUUUGUUGAAAUGUUAGAUAUUUCUAUGUAAUUGUUAAUACGUUUUGAAUGAAUCGUUCUUCAUAAAUGUUUGCUUGCUAUAUUAUAACUUUAAAAUCAAUACAUAGUUUGUUCACGAAACGUAUUGUGUUAUGAUACAUUGAAUAAUAUGCUUGCUUUAAAUUAAAAACAAUAUUAUCGUUUUCGCUAACAUUGUUAUUUUUGUUAAUUGAUAGUAAAUUAAAUCUUUUAAAUCAUAUGAUAGAUUAAUAUCUUAAUUAAUGUAUAUGUAUAUAUGCAGAUAUAUACAUUCUAGAUAUAUGAGUAAAUAUGUACAUGAUGUAUACAGAGAUAGACAGAUAAAAUAAUAUUUUAUUCUAGAUUGGAACUGUAAAGAUAUGCAAACCAUGAUUAAAAUUGUGAUAAUCUUAUUUUAAUUUGUAUGAUGCUUCAGAUAAAAUGAUAAAUAUUUUCGUGAUUUUGUAACUUAAUAUUUCUUUGUUUUCUUUUUAGAUAUACCGGUGUCAGUCAUAAGAUAUACUCCUUAAUAAUUUGAUUUUUUUUUUCUAAUUAGAAUUUGUUUUGUUUUAAUUGAUAGUUGAAAGUUCAUUUCCAUUGUUUAAUUUAACUGUCUUUUGUAGCAACGAAAUCAUUUAAACAUUUAUCAAAUAUGUAAACGAAAUAAAACGUUCGUCCUGUGGUGUCUGGUGAAUUAUCGAUAGUUGUCUUAUUGACAAUAAUUCCACAUAUUCUUGUUUAUAUCGAAAAGUGGCUAUAAAUAUAAUGCAAAAUGGUAAAGAAUUAUGGCUUAACAGCUUUUUAUGAAAUUUUUACUCAAAUGAAUAAACAGCGUGGCCAAACCGAUAAUGACACUAUUUCUUUGGGAGGUACAUCUGAAGAUAGUGAUGUGGAAGGUAAGGAUGAGCAAAACACUAUUUGAUAUGGAAACAUUAUAACCAGAAAGAUCAUUUUAAAUCAAUCAGAACGAAGAAAUAAAUUGUAUCACCGUACAGUGGUAUAAUGGAUCUCAAAUAAAAUGGCCCACCUGAAACAUGUAAAACAAUCACAGCAUAUCUUUUUUUUUCAAAUGCAUAAAUAAUACACCAUCCAAGUUGUGUAAUGUAGAAUCAAAUACAAAGAGAGUCAUGGAAUCGCAAUCAUUUCUUUCUUAAAGGUAAGCCAUUAAUUAAAAGAACACAUCAGUACCUUUUGUGGAUCUUGUCGUAUAUGCAUAUACUUCAUGACACAUAUACGACUCGUUUGAAUUAUUUAAUAUUUCCUAGAAAGGAACCGAUGAAGAAACUAGAUAAAAACGAAUGACUUCAAAACAAAAGAGUGUAUUAAGUGUGAGAUUGAAAUAUUGAAUGUUAUCAAUUAUAUGCAGGCUAAUAAAAAAUCUAAUUUCUAUCAAUAUGUAAGAAAAAAAUACAAUUACAUUAACACGAAUAAACGAAAAACAAAACUGUCUAGGAGUAUGCAAGAUUUUUGGCACUUGGAUUUCAAGAGGGGAAAAUAUUAAUUUCAGAUAUCAAAUAACAUAAUAUUUAUGUGUAUGCGUAUGUAUAUAGCUAUCUCAUUGGUGUUAAUACCACAUUUUUUUUAAAUUUUCAUAUAUAAACCAAGUAGGAGCAUUGGUCGCUGAUACAUGAAGAUUCUGCUUUUACCACUCUUUUAUAUGGAAUUGUGUACACGCUCCACAAUUGUGAUAAAAGCGAAAAAUACUGUCCACUGCAAGAUACGGAACGCAUGUGUAUUGAUAAGAAAUGCUUAAGUGACAUUCAAUUACAUGUACAACUUAACUAAUUAAACUGGUUAAGCUGUGAGACAAAACAGUUUUAUUUUCUAUUAGGUAUUCACCGCACAAUCAUAAUAGAGUAAUUAACUUGAAUGAAAGUUGUUACCACAAAUGGACGUGGUAUUAUAUGUUUAUUCAUGUGUUACAUUAUAAUUCUAAAUUGAAUCCAAAUCCAUAUGUAGCCACCAUUCCCAUUGUACAUACUAAACCUUAAUGAGGUAUUAUAUGUUUAUUAUUUGUUUUUAAUAAACAAAACAUUAUUUUGAAUCAAGAAAUGCCGACAUUAUAUUGUUAAAAAACUUUAAAUUAAUUCCAUUUUUUAAAACUAUUAAAAGUAAAUCUAGAAAAACAAUUGAAACUUACAAGUGAGUGUUGUUUUUUUUUUCUCAGAUCUCACUAAUAUAUUCAUGCAUGAUUACUGAAACCUAACCAUUCUAAUGUAUUACCGUCUUUUUUUUACAGUAGUUAAACAAAUUGAGUUAUCUUUCUUGGUUGAAAAUAUGUCAUUCAGAACAAAUUGACGUACAUUUUUAUCAUACAUUAUGAAUGAAAAAGAACAUACUUAUCUAUGAUGUCUAAUAUUAAAUACUUUUUCUAGAGAACUUGUAAAUGCUGUUUCCUCAUUAUUUAUUAAAUAAAUCUUAUUUUUUCUUUAAAA